AAUAUGGUUUCUAGUUUUAGGGUUUCUGAACUACAAGUGUUACUAGGCUUUGCUGGACGGAAUAAAAGUGGACGCAAGCAUGACCUCCUGAUGAGGGCGUUGCAUUUAUUGAAGAGUGGCUGCAGCCCUGCCGUUCAAAUUAAAAUUCGAGAAUUGUAUAGACGCCGAUACCCACGGACUCUUGAAGGACUCUCUGAUUUAUCCACAAUCAAAUCAUCAGUUUUCAGUUUGGAUGGUAGCUCAUCACCUGUAGAACCUGACUUGGCUGUGGCUGGAAUCCACACGUUGCCUUCCACUUCAGUUACACCUCACUCACCGUCCUCUCCUGUUGGUUCUGUGUUGCUUCAAGAUACUAAGCCCACGUUUGAGAUGCAGCAGCCAUCUCCCCCAAUUCCUCCAGUCCAUCCUGAUGUGCAGUUAAAAAACUUGCCCUUUUAUGAUGUUCUUGAUGUUCUCAUCAAGCCCACGAGUUUAGUUCAAAGCAGUAUUCAACGAUUUCAAGAGAAGUUUUUUAUUUUUGCUCUGACUCCUCAACAAGUUAGAGAGAUAUGCAUAUCCAGGGAUUUUUUGCCAGGUGGUAGAAGAGAUUAUACAGUCCAAGUUCAGCUGAGACUUUGCUUGGCAGAGACAAGCUGCCCUCAAGAAGAUAACUAUCCCAAUAGUCUAUGUAUAAAAGUAAAUGGAAAACUUUUUCCUUUGCCUGGCUACGCACCACCACCUAAAAAUGGGAUUGAACAGAAGCGCCCUGGACGCCCUUUGAAUAUUACAUCUUUAGUUAGGCUGUCUUCAGCUGUGCCAAACCAGAUUUCCAUUUCUUGGGCAUCAGAAAUUGGGAAGAAUUACUCCAUGUCUGUAUAUCUUGUACGGCAGCUCACAUCAGCCAUGUUAUUACAGAGAUUAAAAAUGAAAGGUAUUAGAAACCCUGAUCAUUCCAGAGCACUAAUUAAAGAAAAACUUACUGCAGAUCCUGAUAGUGAAAUUGCUACAACUAGCCUUCGGGUAUCCUUGAUGUGCCCUUUAGGGAAAAUGAGGCUGACAAUCCCAUGCCGAGCAGUGACUUGUACACAUCUACAGUGUUUUGAUGCUGCCCUUUAUCUGCAAAUGAAUGAGAAGAAGCCCACCUGGAUUUGUCCUGUGUGUGACAAAAAAGCUGCCUAUGAAAGUCUAAUUUUAGAUGGCCUUUUUAUGGAAAUUCUCAGUGACUGUUCUGAUGUGGAUGAGAUCAAAUUCCAAGAAGAUGGCUCUUGGUGUCCAAUGAGACCGAAGAAAGAAGCUAUGAAAGUAUCCAGCCAACCAUGCACAAAAAUAGAAAGUUCAAGUGUCCUCAGUAAGCCUUGUUCAGUGACUGUAGCCAAUGAGGCAAGCAAGAAGAAAGUGGAUGUUAUAGACCUAACAAUAGAAAGCUCUUCUGAUGAAGAGGAAGACCCUCCUGCCAAAAGGAAGUGCAUCUUUAUGUCAGAAACACAAAGCAGCCCAACCAAAGGGGUUCUCAUGUAUCAGCCGUCUUCUGUAAGGGUGCCCAGUGUGACUUCGGUUGAUCCUGCUGCUAUUCCGCCUUCAUUAACAGACUACUCAGUACCAUUCCACCACACGCCAAUAUCAACCAUGUCAUCAGAUUUGCCAGGUUUGGAUUUUCUUUCCCUUAUUCCAGUUGAUCCCCAGGAUGUAAUCAAUGAUUUUAAAAGGACAGCGACUUUCAUUUAACCUGAUGUGAAGGAAAAAUAAUAUGGAAAGAAGUUGUGUUUGCCAAAUGAGUUGUUUCCACGCAGAUUUAUACUUCGUUGAACUGAUGAAGUCUUGAUAAGUGGCCAAAACGUGAGUUCCACUUUUCUUCCUGAUUCCAUCAAAGUAAAAUGGCCUUUGUGUCACACAUUUUUCCCUGAUUGUCAUUUACAUACAAUGUUAUUUGCUACUGAAUGCAGAGAGAAGUUCUAGGAUCUGGCUGUUCUUUAUUGGCGAGUAUGUCGAAGAACACUACACAGAUUCUACCCUGAUGUAAAGUGUGUUAUUUUUGGUAAUUUUAUAAUCUCAUUCUAGAGAUUUCUGUAAAUUCAGGGCUUGCCUUCUCACAAAAAAAAAAAAAAAAAAAAAAAAAAAGUGCUAUGCAGCCAUUGAAGGAAAUGUUUUUGGAUUAAGGAGGCUGAAAUGUUAGAAUUUUGUUCUUACUGUCCAGAAUCAUUGAGAACUUAGAGGCAAUAGAAGAACAGAUUUAGGGGAGCUUGGGAAUAACAAAGAUUAAUUUGUUCCUAAGAACUUCUUUUGUUCACUUACUUUAUAGAAUAAUAUUCAAAUCUUAUUGAAACUUUUCAGAUUUUAGUGACACCAAGAAAAUAAUUUUUAGAUCUCUGAUCAUUUUUAAAGAAAAACCAAAUAGCAAGAGAUAAGGGUGGUAUCAGAUUUCCUUUUUAUUUUAUUUUUUAAGAGAAAUCUUUUCCUGAGACCACGAAAGACCUGAACCCCACUUUAAAAACCACUCUACUUUCUUUUGCUUCAUUUGGCUCCCUAAAUAAUUUUAGAAUUCUCAAGGAGUUAAUACUUGCCCAAUGCUUAGCUUUCUCUGCCUAAGCUAUCUCUACUUUACAGAUAAACUCUUUUUAAAAUGGAUAAUCUGAUUCUCAAGCGGAGUGCCCAGGUGGAAAGCGAGUUCAGUGAGAACAGGGACGCAUGACUUGGGUUGGUGCAACUCCAUGGAGCUGACUUGACUGCUUGGUUUUUACACCUUCUCAAGUUUUCAUGGCCUCUGUGCACCUUUUGUGCUGAUUUAAGAUCAUGUGAUUUUCUGUAUCAUCCCUUCUUUGGCCACAUCAUCCCCUUAAUGUAUUACCCUUUUUGGAGAGCUGCUUCUUAUUAAAAACGUGGAAAAUAAACUUCCUGCAGUAGUUGUGCCAUAGUUGCUAGCUCUAUCUUGUCAUUAGAUUUCCAAUCCAUGUUACAAUCCUUUGGUCCAGAUACAGAAUAUCUUCAUAGUAAACUUUUAUGUUGCUGCUUUAAAUACAGAUGCAAUUUCUGUUAACUGUAACCAGAUAGAAAAAGUAACCUGAUUUAUGUGGUAUAAUUUGUCAAUAAAGAAAUGAUGUAUAUUUGUUAUCAUUUUGUUACCCUUUAGAUUCUCAGCGACUCCCCUUCCCAGUUUAACCAACAGAGUU